CUAGUUCAGUUUAAAAUCUGAACCCUGCCUCAGCCCCACGAGGCCUUGCUGCCAAGCAAGUUUUAAAAUAGGAAGUGUCUGAAAUUCAAAUCAGCUCUCGUGAACUCUUACAGGCCAACAAACCACCUGCCUGUUGUUUUCUGCACUACGUAGGGAGUCGUGUGUUAAACCUGCUCCGUUGGUCCUGGAAGACCUCGGUGCAGUCUGUAUGUUGGACACCUGCCAGCCUUCAGUGUCGUCUCCCUGGGCUUGGUGUUAUGCUGGCAGCGCUAGUCUGCCUACAGCAUCAGGAAAAAGAAGAUUAUUUAUUACAGAGGUCUCCUCUAAGACAAACCCGACUGACUCCGAGGCCUCAUCCGCAAUAGCUACUAUAUCUGGUUAGAAAUAUGAAAUAAAAGAGUCAAAUAUGAUCUCUGGGGUAGAGCUUCACAAUAACUGCAAUAUUGCAACACUGUGGUAUAAACAAGCGACUGCCACAACUGCUGCCAACUGUCUGUUCACAUCCGCUGCUGCUGAGUUUCAGUCUUUGUUUUUCAAGAGGGAAACAACGGCAGCUGCUCCGGUCACAAAACCAAAUGUAACUUCACCUGUUUGGGAUCAUUUCAGCUUUCAACCCAAUGAAAAGAGAGAUCCAACCAAUGUAAAGGAGGCAAUAUGCAAAAUCUACCUAUCAUCCAGUUAUCCAAGCACAACUGCCCCCCCUCUCAGAGCCAGCUCAGGCUGAAGCCUUUAGUCGAGUUGCCAAAUACAGCUGUGAAGGUAAAAGGCAUAAACGUGUCACAGCCGCUGUUUUGCAGUAUUUGGUUGAGGAUAUGGUUCCAUUCAGCACGGUGACUGCUGUCCUGAAAACGUACAACACCGUAAAGGCAUCGAUCAAAAGCGAGCUCAAGAAUGUCGACUACUUCAACUGAUUUGUAGUCAAGUGUCAAUAUGACUCCUUAUAUGAGUCUAAUGGUGCAUCAUCUGACCACGGACUGGGCUGUUAAAUCACCAGAACCACACGUCUCUCCGCCACGCGUUUGAUGAAGAAGCUGGCCUGUAUCGCUAUGGGCAACAGGGCAAACAUCGUAGCAGCAGUGAACAAGUUGAACUGGCUGAACUGCUUCGGUCACAGUUUACAUUUAGCAGCGACAAACGCAGCGGCGCCGAAGACCACGCAGCCCGAUCAACGCUCCACAGCUCAGCCAGUUCGUUCUCUCAGAGCUGGCUGAGAUCUGGCCAAAGCACAAGUGGAGCUCCAAAACCCCCAGAACAGCCUCAUACUGGUGACCUCAGAUACUUCUAUAAAUAACCCGGACAUGUUGCAGUCUACCUGGACAGGUGUGGUGAAACUGGGAGAACCCGUGACAGAGCAUUUUGCCUGCCAGGCAGAACUGAGGGAGAAGUAAACAGUCUCCUGAGGAUCUGGGCUCAGCUGGCCUCCCAGCGUUAAUUAAAAACACUGACGAUCCCUCGAGAGCAGAAGAAGAACUGCCUCUGCAGGUCCUCCACUGCAGAAGAAGAAGAAGCUGGAUGAUUGUCAGCAGGUGAGUGAUGACAUCAUGAGUCGGUGGCGGCGUUCAGUGGAUGAACUGGCGGCACGGCGGCGACAGCAGAGUGAGUGUGAGCGCGCCCAGGAAGCUCUCAGCAAGGUUACUUCCUGUUUUCAGCAGCUGGCGGUGUCACUCGGCAGCUCGGCUGACUGCAGCUUCCUGCGAGAUGAGAUGGAUGAGACGAGAGCGCUCGCACAUCGAAUCUGCAGCGGUCUGUCCCGGCGUCUGGUGCGUCUACUGGCAGACUGUGACUCCGCCCCCUCAGGUGUGGAGGAUAGACAGAUGUCGGAGCGGUUGUGGGUUCUCUUCCUGUCUGCAUUAGAAAACUUCCUGUCUGACCUCCGUAAGACCAGCGAUGUGAUUGGACAGUUCCCUCUGACUCAGCGCUACGACAGACAUUCACUUGUCAACACAGGAUGUAUUGAUGGCGUGGUGGGCGUGGCAGCUCGGGUGGCUUCAGUCCAGGUGCCUUGGCUCACCUUAGAGGAGGAGUUGAGCCCUGAUCUGACCAAUCACAUUGCAGGACUGGAGGCCAUGCUGAGCGAGAUGCAGCUGAGGGUUCCGGUGGCGUUCUGGUCAGUGGAGGCGACGCAGCCGGCGUGGGCAGAAGCUCACGGCGAGCUGGCCGAGCUGGACGACAGUCUGGAGGACCUGAUGGAGGUUGAGGUUGUUUCCAACAGCAAGAUGGCCGCCUGCUGUCCGCCGCCGUGCUGUGGACUCAGCUGUGUUGGGUAGAGGAGGAGGGCGGAGUCACGGCUCAGAGCGUGACAUCACUGCGUGAACACACCCGUUCAGCUGCUAUGAGAGGAAAUAUGUUUCACAUUUAAAAAGAAGAUGAAAUAUUUUGAAUUAAAAGUUAAAAAAUCAUUGUGAGAAUUAAAGUUAUAUUAUGGGAUGUAGUUGCAAUUUUACAAUAAUAUUCAAAAAGUCAUUUUAUUCUGAAAAAAGAAUAAUAUUCAAGAGAAAAGUCACCUGAAUGUAAAUGUGUUCAUAUAGUUUUACAGGCUGAAGUUGAAUAAAGAUCCUCUCACAGU